AGAAAAAGCUAAUACCACCACGUUGGAAUUGCAUGGAAACCGAAUGUCAACUCUCUUGAAAAUUUGACCUCUUCCCUGUUUCAUAGCUUUCUAGAGAGUCCCUUCCUUUUUUUUCCCCUCUCUCUGUCUCUAUCAAUAUAAAAAAAAAACCAUUGUUAUAACUUAAUAAGCAAAUCCCCAUUUUCAAUAACACAAGAAUUUACCAACUACAAAACCCCAUUUACACCAAACAACAGUUUUCAAAACAACCCAUUAAUAGAGAAAAAGAAAUGAAGUUAGUUUGGUCUCCAGAAAAAGCAUCUAAAGCUUAUAUUGAUACUGUUAAAUCCUGUAAGAUAUUUCGAGAAUCUAGUGUAGCUGAGAUGAUAUCAGCUAUGGCUGCAGGAUGGGACGCACAGAUGAUUGUAGAAACAUGGUCGAGAGGUGGGGUUAUGGCUACAAGUAUUGGAUUGGCUGUGGCAAAUCAUCAUACUGGUGGUAGGCAUAUUUGUGUAGUUCCAGAUGAAGUUUCAAGAACAGAGUAUGUAGAAGCUAUGGAAAACGCCGGGAUGUCGCCGGAAGUUGUGGUCGGAGAACCGGAAGAAGCGAUGAAUGGGUUGAUGGGGAUUGAUUUUUUAGUGGUGGAUUGUAGAAGAAAUGAUUUCGGUAGAAUAUUGGGGGUUGCUAAAUUAGGACAUAGAGGAGCAGUUUUGAUUUGUAAAAAUGCAAGUUCAAGAAUUGCUUCUGAUUUCCGGUGGCGGAGUGUCCUCGACGGAAAAUCAAGAAUCGUUCGGUCGGUUUUUCUGCCGGUGGGUGAAGGUUUGGAUAUUGCUCAUGUCGGAGCCACCGUGAGCGGCGGAGGAAAAAUGGGUGGUUCCGGGAAGACAGAAAGUCGAUGGAUUAGACAUUUUGAUAGAGAAUCAGGGGAGGAAUUUGUGAUACGCAAGUGAUGACGUCCACUGUUCAACAAAAUGGAAAAUUCAAAAUUCUUUUAUAUGUUUUAAUUAAUUUCUUUUAGUUCUGUGUAUAUAGAAUAAUAGAUGAUACAAAGUUAAUCAGGUUCCUGUUUUUGCCAAUUUUGAUAUGUGCUAGUGCUUAUAUUUCUAUGUUUUUAUUGAAAAUAGUCAUUUUACUUAUGAAAUUAU